UCAGGCUGUGGCCGCUCGCUGCUCGGUUUCCACAGAGGAUGGUGUGCAGUCAUGGCCUUUCUGAGGACGCAGGAACGAACUAAAGAAAGAUUUUCUCUCUUGCUGCUGGAUUUGGAGGAAUAUUAUUUUGAACAGCACACCGCGCACCACGUGACGAGCGCUUCAGAAAAGGAGAGAAAAGUCAGAGGCUCAUUCAAGGUCUGUUCCAGAUCUGUCAUAUUUGAUCCAGAUGAUCUUGAAGAGCCCAUUUUAAAGAUUGCUCUUCGAGACUGUAGGAAGAUUGAGUUUGUGGAGAAAGAGAACAACCCUUUCAACGAGCCUCGUCCAUCAGCCAUCUCCAUCUCAUGUGAACAGGUCAUUUACAUCAAAGAAAGCAACGUCAUAGCACCGUACAGAAAUGAAAGGGGGGCAAAGAAAAUGACUUUUCAGUUGGAAGUCUGGAAUAAGACAGAAGAUGUCGUUCAAACGUUACUUCAGCUCCACAGGGCGUCCUGUCUGGAAAAGCUUGGAGAUCAGACUGCAAUGAUUGCAGCCAAUUUACAGUCCCGCCUGGCGAGGUCGUCUUUUGACAAGAACUGCUUUCAGAGUGUAGCUGAGAAGCCCCACAUGGAGUGUGCGGUGGAGAUGGUCCUGCCUCUGGUGUCCAAUCCGGGCCACGUCUGCAUAACGGAUGAAACCCUCUACUUCCAGCCCCUCAACGGAUAUCCGGAACAAGUGAUUCAAAUCAAGCUCCACAGAGUCAGGAGAAUCUACAAAAGACGGCACGGGCUCAGACCACUGGGUCUUGAGGUGUUCUGCACUGAGAAUGAUUUCUGCUCUGACAUCUACCUGAAGUUUUACAACACAGCUGACAGAGAUGAGAUCUACUACUACAUCGCCACUUUCUUGGAGAACCACAUGACGGAGCACACAGCCGAGAGCUACAUGCUGCAGUGGCAGCGCGGCCACCUCAGCAACUACCAGUAUCUCCUUCACCUCAACAACCUGGCCGACCGCAGCUGCAACGACCUCUCCCAGUACCCCGUCUUCCCCUGGGUCCUCGCCGACUACAGCAGUGGGCAGCUGGACAUGACGAACGCUGCCACGUUCAGAGACUUGAGCAAACCUGUGGGAGCCCUGAACAAAGAGCGACUAGACAGACUGCUGGCUCGCUACAGAGGCAUGCCGGAACCUUCCUUCAUGUACGGCAGCCACUACUCCUCUCCGGGCUAUGUCCUGUUUUACCUGGUCAGAGUCGCUCCAGAGCACAUGCUGUGUCUCCAGAAUGGCCGCUAUGACCAUGCAGAUCGCAUGUUCAAUAGCAUAGGUGAAACAUGGAAAAACUGCUUAGAGGGGGCCACUGACUUCAAAGAGUUGAUUCCAGAGUUUUAUGGGAACGAUUGCAGCUUUCUGGAAAACAAACUGAGUCUUGAUUUGGGCAGAAAGCAGAAUGGAAGCUUGGUUGGCGAUGUCGUUCUCCCACCGUGGGCCUCAGAUAGAAGUGAUUUUCUUCAGAAGCACAAGGCGGCACUGGAGAGUCAGUAUGUGUCGGAGCACCUUCAUGAGUGGAUUGACCUGGUGUUUGGCUUUAAACAGAGAGGCAGUGAGGCUAUCGCAGCCCAUAAUGUGUUUCACCCGCUGACAUACGAAGGUGGCAUUGACUGUGACAGCAUUGAGGACCCUGACGAGAGAAUCGCCAUGCUGACACAGAUUCUGGAGUUCGGCCAGACGCCCAAACAGCUGUUCACCAGCCCCCACCCUCAGAGGAUCACGCCGAGGUUUCACAACAUGACCCAGAGCUCCAGCGUCAACUCACCACUCAGCGAACUGUCCCCAGCCUCUCCAAGCGAGGACUCGUCCUUUGAGGACCUGACUGAGGAGAGCAGGAAGUUGGCCUGGGCGCACAUGGGAAAUCUGAAACCCGUCUCCAGCCACAAGAUCCACAAAGAGGCUGUGACCGGCAUCGCUGUGACUCGAGAUGGAGCAGCUGUUUUCUCCACAUCCCAAGACUCAACACUCAAAAUGUUUUCCAAAGAGCUGAAGGACUUCCAGAGAAGCAUGUCCUUCUCUAACAUGGCGCUGUCGUCAUGUCUGAUGCUGGCUGAUGGCAAAACCGUGGUGUGUUCUUCGUGGGACAACAACGUUUAUUUCUACUCCAUCCCGUACGGCAGGCGGCAGGACACGCUGAUGGGUCACGAUGACGCCGUCAGUGGAAUGUGUUGGUUUGAUGAGCGUCUGUACACGGCGUCCUGGGAUUCCACUGUCAAGGUCUGGCAGUGCGCUUCUCACAGCUCAUCCAGUCACAAGAGAUCCCAGUUUCACUUACUGGCCGAGUUGGAACAUGAUGCUGGGGUGAACACCAUCGGCCUGAAUCCAGCGGGGACUCUGCUGGUGUCUGGCUGCAAAGAUGGGACCGUCACCAUCUGGGACACCAGCAGCUACACAACCCUGCAGCAAGUCCACUGCCACACUGGAACCAUCCACCACAUGGCCUUUAGUCCUGACAGCCGACACGUUCUCAGUGUCGGCGCUGACUCCUGUAUGAAGGUUAUUGACGUCCAGACGGGAAUGAUGAUCUCAUCAGUGAAAGCAGAGGAGGAGCAGAGGUGUUUCUGCUGGGACGGGAACUCAGUUCUAUGUGGGGGGCAGUCUGGUGACCUCCUGCUGUGGGACCUGCUCAGCAACACCGUCACCAAGAGGAUCCCUGCACACUCAGGUGCUGUCACAGCCAUGUGGAUGAAUGAGCUGUGCACCGCAGUGAUCACAGGCGCAGAGGACAGACAGACCAUCUUCUGGAAGCUCCAGAGUUAAACAAGUGUUUGCACAAACCAUCCGCUGGGGGAGAUGAAAGACUUCCAGUUCAAUAUACUGCACUAUACUGGACUACACUGGCCAAGUAUCCUGCAGACGUCUUGACCCAGCUGUCGGACUCAGAACACACUCGUGUGCUGUAACUGUAGUAUCACAGACCGCUCACAGGGGCACAGUGACUUAAAUCUCUCUCAACUCUAAAGCAAACAAAAGGUCAUAUACAGCCAUGUUAGCUCAUAUCUGUCUGCAUAUUGAGAGAAAAUGUCCAAUUGCAGUUUUGUGCAUGAGAGCAGGAAGCUAAAACAGUGUUCACGCCUUAUCUUUUAACUUCUGUUUUCAGCCUGUUCUACAUUUAUGUGGAUUUUCUUUGCUUGUGUAUUAUUUGUUAUGCAUCAUAUUACAUUUUUUAAAUUAGCGACCGUGUUUCUGUAGCUUUAUGUGCAUUUUAUCAUGUGAAGUGGACUCACAGUGUCUGUCAAAAGCUUCAGGCUGCUCAGGUGUUACCAGUACCAAAUAAUAGAUCUCCAAGAGUCAUCUCUCUCUGUCUCCUCUUUGUUGCUGUUUAGAUUUCUAGAAAGCUGGUUAUGCUGAGCUGCACAAGGUAGACAGCAAGGCAUAAAUUCAUAGUGUUUAUAAUACAGACUGAUCUAUUUCUACUGCGUGGAAAAGCUUCAGAGCUGGGAGAUCUAGUGACCACAGAACACCAAAGUAGCUACUUUGCCAGGUGAAUAUAUAUCCAUUUUUUAUCCAAAAAUGUGUGUAUUAAUUAGAGCAGAUGGAAAGAAGUCCUAAGAUUUUAAUGUGUGACCGUAGUCUGUCCAAGCUGUCUGUUGAGAAUGAAACAUUCUCUCUACGUAGACUUUCAAGAUGCUUGUACAACCUUUUGCUUCUUUGUGGAGAACACAGACUGUGGACAGCUUGGAUUUCAAUGGUUUUCACAUUGUAAGAAAAAGUAUUAAAAGUGUCAAAACCAAAACAUCUCAACAAACACAGAAGCCUAAAGCAUUUCUCUGACAUCACUUCACAGCCUCAGUAAACUCUCACACUCUGAAUUCUGCAUGAAAUGGCUGAACACACUGCGUCAGCGCCCUGAUGUUUGCGCACAGGCAGCAGCUCAUUUUUUUCAGGUUUGAACAACAUUAUCGAGUCAUUAUUUUAACUUCGUAGCACAGUGAAGAGUGAGGCCGCAGUCACGUCUUUCACGUGCUUCCCACAGAUCGUCUGUCAGCUGCACAGCUCGAGCCGGCACUGCUUUCCUUUCAUUCUGCUUUGACCACGUGGAAAUUCUAAUGUCAGA